GACUCGCGCGCGGAGCACGCUCAUACGAUAUCUGCGCGCGCAGCUGUCAAACUCGAAGUGACAGAUCGGGACCGCGUGUGGCUGGAAUGCGUUCGAAUUUUUGAAAAUGGAACGUCACGCGACUCAUAAAUUUGUCGUGGACCUCACUUAACUUUUUUUUUUCAUAAGAUUUUCUUUCUCUUUUAAAGGGGAUUAGGCAAAGCUAUAAUUUUAUAAAAUUCAAAUAUGUAGGGUUUUAAGGAUGAUACGACAUUGAUUCACUUUAUUGUACUAGUGAUUGUGUCGGAGUGUUCUGAAUUCAGUGCUAACUGUUCUCUAGGUCUACAUAAUUUUGUUUAGUUACAAGGUUACAAGGGCGUGAAUUUUUGACUUGUUUAUUACAAGUGUGAACUGAAAAAGUGUGAACUGUUGAUUUGUCUAAGAAGUAGUGCCGGCUGUAUUUAUCCUUAUAAUUUUUACCUAAACAAUAUUCAGCAAUUGAAAGGAAUUGUUUACAUAGUAUUAUUGGUGAGAGGCUGGUGAAGCUGGAGUGGAGGACAGGGUCGCGCUAAUGAUGCGAAGGGCGCGGGCGCGGGGGGACGCCAGCCAGAGCGUGCCACUACCACAUCUACCGCCGCCAUCCAGCCAUCAUGUUCACCAGAUUCGACCAGGGCAAAUCAACGAAAGGCGCAAGCAAACUACGGCGGGAUCUCAUCAAUGCAGAAAUAGCGAAUCUUCGAGAUCUCCUGCCCCUGCCGCCGUCCACCAGACAGAGACUGUCCCAACUCCAACUGAUGGCUCUUGUCUGUGUGUACGUCAGGAAAUCCAACUACUUUCAACAAGUAUUCAAACGCUUUGACAUCAAUCAACAGUCAUCAUCGGCGCCUAAUUUUGGAUUUUCCAAGGCCCUGAACGGCUUCCUGAUGAUGAUGACGCAGAAUGGCAAACUCCUCUACAUUUCCGACAACGCGGCCGAAUAUCUCGGACACUCGAUGGAGGAUCUUCUAAUCCACGGUGAUAGCGUCUACGACGUGAUAGACAAACAAGACCAGCAAGCGGUGAGGACGGAACUGUCCCGAACACCGACUGAUGGCGAGGACAGGGUGUUCCUAUGUCGGAUGAAUGUCGCCAGAAAUGCUAGGAGGCAGAUGCGGUUCGGAGAUCAAAAAGUGGUGCUAGUCCGUGGCCAUUACGUGUCGUACCUGCCGCUGUGCAGCCGUAACGAGCCAGUGUUCCUGGCGGUGUGCACGCCGCUCGCGAUGCCCGAGACGCGCGAGUGCGUCGUACACGGCGCCACCAACGUGUUCACCACCGUGCACGCGAUGGACAUGAAGAUACUACACAUCGACGCCAAUAGUGAGUGGCACCUUGGCUGGGAGCGCAGUUCGCUGCAUGGAGUCAGCUGGUACCAUCUCCUGCACCCUGACUGCUGUAAAGAAGCCCAGAGUAAACAUCGAUUAAUUACCCAAUCGGAACAGGAGCGCUCAUGUAUCGCCCUACUUCGGCUACAACGGCGUUCAGGACAGUUCCUCUGGGUUCACGCUGUUCUCCAGCUCAAGGACAAUCUGGAGAACUCACAGCGGCCUGUUAUUGUUUGCACCAACCAGGUGUUGAGUGAACAAGAAGCAACCGUUAUGAAAGCCAACCCUUGGCUCUACCACUACUACGCCGUGCAGUCCAAACUGCAUUAUGGUUUGGCCUAUGAAGCUGCUACAAGAAUGUAUGGCCCUCCACCCCCUGACAUCCAGGUCUACCCUCCGACCAUGCAAUAUACUCCAACACCUCCCGUCUGCAUCAACGGAAACCAGCCCGUCAUGAUGCCCAAUCCUGGACUCCAGCCGCAUAUACCCCACGUUCCACAUUUGACACCUAUGCACUACGCAUAUGAAAGGCCGGAAAAUGGACCUGUGGAUUACUCUGUGUCGCUACAGGAUAAUAGGUACCACACUAUUCGAAUAGAAGAUACGAGGAUCCAGCCUAAUGCGAAACGGAAAGCAAAAAGUCCUGACGAUAAACCAGACACACCCAUAUCCAAUAUGUCUCCUCGAUGCACCCCCUCCACGGUAACAUCUGGAGACACGUUAGUUGCAGUAUCAACAGGAUCCAUAGCGAGUAGAAGACCUGGCUCCAAAAAUUUUAAUAUAACAGAACCAGAAAUGGUCGAUCAGUGGAAUCCUAGUCCAACGUGGUCAGAAUCUGCUCUGCAGAAAGUACCAGAUGUGUGUCACCAAGACCUAAGUCCAUAUGUAACAACCACGCCCCCUACGCCGUCUGGUACUCCUACAGCGUACGCUCAUAACUAUAGUCAUACUUUUGUGUUCGACUGGUCACCUGAGCAAUAUGUUCCUCAUACUAACAAUAGAUGUAACACUGUAACGACAGAAAGUUCCUAUCAGCAAUGGAAUAGAAGUCAAAGAACAUUCGCGAACGCCGAGAGCUCAAUAGAUGAGAAUUGCAAUCCUAAUAGAAUAAGCUUACCACUGAGGGCCAGUAAUCCACCGCCAGCGUAUAACGCAAACCGGGAGGGGGAUAUUCUUAGAAGGCAAAUUGAUCGUCCACAUCCAGAUUCACCGGACGCGAAAAAGCCCGCAUUAUAACUAUAACAUAAUUAUCUAUAAUUUCAUUUUAAAUAGUUGAAUAUAAUAAUUUGUUACCCUACUUUAAUAAAUUUUAUGUAAGUACUUAAUGUAGAAAAAGCUCUGGAACUCUCCUGUGAUCUUCGUGUCUAUAAGUUUUUGUAAAAUAGGUAGGUAGAUUGUAUAUUUUUACUUUUUAUAAACGAUGUAAUAUGUACAAAUUGUUUGCGUUUAGUUUACUUAUCUAGUUAUUUGUCACAUGCAAUGUGAUUUAUGUAUACGAAAAUAAAAGAAUAAUGUAAAUAAAGUUGAAAAUUUACAGCCAGAUAAUUUUAUUUUCACACAAUUUUAUUAUCUUAAUUGACCUUCGUGCACCGUAAUAUUUUCUAAAAAGCCAUUUAAAAACCGGCCUAUUUCAAACCCUUAUUAGCGGAUAGAAGGUUCUGUAAAUAAAUAGAUUUUUAUUUAAAUAGUUGAACCAAAACUUUUUGUGAACACAAACAUCAUCUAGUGAAAGAAAUAUAGUCAUUCAGUUAAUUACUUCAUUUGAUUAACUUUCCUGGUUAAAAUGUGCAUAUGUGGUAUCAGUUUCAAUUCUUUCAGAUUUAUUGGCUCACAAACUCAAAAAUUUUUUGCUAAUACGAUACGGAACCUUAAAAUCUCGUAUACUAAGUGCAAUAUUAGGUAUUUUGAAAAAUCACUUUUUCAACUAUAUUUCAUUAUACAUAUACUAUAAUGUACAAUACUUUGUGUUCCUGUUCUGUAAUUUAAUGGUAAACUAUUUUGAACAUUCCUAGAUACACGUGUAUAUGCCUAAUUUACUUGAUAUUUUGUUAUAUGUAAGAGUUAAUUGAUACCCGAACGAAAAGUUUCCUUUCAAGAUAUACCUGGUAUAUCUGUCUAAGCUAACUAAAUCAUUCUAAGUAUGCGAGGUAGGUAGGAAACUGAUAAACCAGUAUAAAGUUCUGAGUGAUUAGUGCGUUGAAAAAAGAAUUAUAUUGCGAUUGCAUUCACCUUUACUUCGACCAAUUUGAAUGGAAAUUUUAGUAUACCAAACCAUCAGUUACAAGUGCUGCUUAAUAUUUAAUAUUAAUAAUUUAUCGACGCAAACAUACACUAGCCACUCAGAAUGAUAGAGCAGAGAAGAAUAGAACAUUUAAUAUUAGAUAAUUAAAAAUCGUAAAUCAAGAAAUAAAUACUCUUUUUUCUAUGUCUACAGUAGUCACAUCAUGAGCUCCUAAAUAUUUUUGUUAACUAAUUAACAUUUUCGUUUUAUUAUUCUCUUUGUAUAUCCCUCAGAUCUUACCUCUUACGAUGUGUAGUUCUUAGUCAUGUAUUCUUGUCCUGUAGAUAUUUGCCUCUGCUUUGCUCUACUGCGUGGAAUCAUUAAGGUAUUCGUCCACUAUUUUACAAACAAAAAAAAAACAAGAUAUAGAAUCAGACAUUAAGGACAACACUAAAAAUAUUUGCACUGGUCUAUCAACGACUACCUUAGCGUACCUUUGAUAAUAAUACCUACUCAUACAUAAUACAUAAUGAUAUGAAUUAUCAUCUCUGUCUACCUUGCGGUUGUUAUAACAAGUAUUAUUAGCUAAGAACUCGUAUUCCGUCCAUUGUUAGAUAUAUUUUUUAUAAUUACAAAAUAUCUGCUUCAGUAGAAACUAGAUUGGAUUUAUUUUUGUACAAAAUAAUGUAUUAUAAAAAGCAGGUUUUCAUAAAUAAUUUAUGUUCGAUUAUUUGUUGAUUGAAUUAAAAA